AAACAGCCCCGGCACCGACAGCGACAGCGACAGCGACAGCCAGCCCCGGCACCGACGGCGGCUCAGCCGGAGCGAGCUCCGGGCGAGAGAGCCUAGCCGUCUCGGCCACCGCACGGCCGGCCGGCGCCCUCCCCGCGUCCUGCUCCCGCACCGCGCCCCUCCGGCCAGCAUGAGGCUCCUGGCGGCCGCGCUGCUCCUCCUGCUCCUGGCGCUGUGCGCCUCGCGCGUGGACGGGUCCAAAUGCAAGUGCUCUCGGAAGGGGCCCAAGAUCCGCUACAGCGACGUGAAGAAGCUGGAAAUGAAGCCAAAGUACCCGCACUGCGAGGAAAAAAUGGUUAUCAUCACCACCAAGAGUGUGUCCCGGUACCGAGGGCAGGAGCACUGCCUGCACCCCAAGCUGCAGAGCACCAAGCGGUUCAUCAAGUGGUACAACGCCUGGAACGAGAAGCGCAGGGUCUACGAAGAAUAGGGUGAAAAAUCUCUGAUAGGAAAACUCCAGACCAGUUGGGAGACUUGAGAAAAGGACUUUGCAGAUU